CCACAAUCCGGCGUGAUGGCUGCCGCCGUUCCUGGCGCCGUUUCGCUCUCCCCACUGCUGUCCGUUCUCCUUGGCCUGCUGCUCCUCUCUGCUCCUCAUGGCGCCAGCGGCCUGCACACGAAGGGCGCCCUUCCCUUGGACACAGUCACUUUCUACAAGGUCAUUCCCAAAAGCAAGUUCGUCUUGGUGAAGUUCGACACCCAGUACCCCUAUGGAGAGAAGCAAGAUGAGUUUAAGCGUCUGGCUGAGAACUCAGCCUCCAGCGAUGAUCUCUUGGUGGCAGAGGUGGGGAUCUCAGACUAUGGUGACAAGCUGAACAUGGAGCUGAGUGAGAAGUACAAGCUGGACAAAGAGAGCUACCCAGUCUUCUACCUCUUCCGGGAUGGGGACUUUGAGAAUCCUGUCCCAUACAGCGGGGCAGUUAAAGUUGGAGCCAUCCAGCGCUGGCUCAAGGGGCAGGGAGUCUAUCUGGGCAUGCCUGGAUGUCUGCCUGCGUACGAUGCCCUGGCGGGCCAGUUCAUCGAGGCCUCCAGCAGAGAGGCCCGCCAGGCCAUCCUGAAACAGGGGCAGGAUGGCCUCUCAGGUGUGAAGGAGACAGACAAGAAGUGGGCCAGUCAGUACCUGAAGAUCAUGGGGAAGAUCUUGGACCAAGGUGAAGACUUCCCGGCCUCCGAGCUGGCCCGGAUCAGUAAGCUCAUUGAGAACAAGAUGAGUGAGGGUAAGAAGGAAGAGCUGCAGAGGAGCCUCAACAUCCUCACCGCCUUCCGCAAGAAAGGCGCCGAGAAGGAGGAGCUGUGAGGGCACCAGGCUGCUAGGGUUUGCUGAGGGCGGGGAGGGAGAGCCGCCUGCUGACUGUGGGGCCCUGUGGGUGGAGGGGGCAGUGGAGCAAAGCAGUCCUGAGCCAGAGACCUGUGCCCCGAGUGCCUGGACACUGAGGCUGCUGAGACCAUACCCUGGACAUCCUUGGAGCAGUUUGUGGGGAGCCUGUGUGCCAAGACAAGAUGGCUGUGCCCCCACAGGAGCUGGUACUAUAGAGGAAGGUCCUUGACAGGUAUAGUUCUGAUCAAAUAAAAGUCUGUUUUGGUUAGAUGA